AACGUUGGCGCUCAGUGCCCAGGCAUCCCUGCAAGAGGAGGAGGGUCUGUCAAACUCAAACAAGCAAAGGGAGAGAAAAAAUUCCCCCCAGUGAGUCUUUGCCUCGUGUUUUUUCCAGCCAGCAGAUCCAGAGCUCAUCUGAAAUGUAUUAAACCCUGGAGAAAGAAGGAUCCUCUGUAAUCUAGCCGAGGGAUCCUACGUGCAGCAGCGGCUCUUCUGUCUCACUCUCAGGGCGAAUCCAGUUGCUUUGGGAAGAAUCCUCGUCCACUUGAUUUCAGGGGUUAAAGGUCGGCAUUGUUGGAGCCGCUAUCUUUCCCCACGCUGUGUACCGAAUCCAUCUCAAGCACAAAGUGAGCAGCUUUCACGUAAACACAGGAAGCAGCUGAAGGCUCAGGCAGGAAUCACAAGCGUCAGAAAAUGUCUCGCUGGGGGCGUAAAAACGUGAAGAAGGCGCCUGAGGUGAUCCGCACGGUGACAGAGGGCCUGAAGUCUCUGUACCGGAAGAAGCUGCUGCCUCUGGAGCAGUACUAUGGUUUCCAUGACUUCCACUCCCUCAGCCUGGAGGACGCCGACUUCGACAACAAGCCCAUGGUUCUGGUCGUGGGUCAGUACUCCACUGGAAAAACUACGUUCAUCAAGUAUCUGCUGGAGCAGGAUAUUCCCGGGAGCAGAGUGGGCCCUGAACCCACCACGGACUGCUUCACUGCCAUCAUGCAUGGCGAGGUGGAAGGGGUCAUCCCCGGGAACGCCCUCAUCGUCGACCCCAACAAGCCGUUCCGUAAACUCAACCCCUUCGGAAACACCUUCCUCAACAGAUUCCAGUGCGCCCAGAUGCCCAACCAGGUCCUGGAGAGCAUCAGCAUCAUUGACACCCCAGGGAUCCUGUCCGGCGCCAAGCAGAGAGUGAGCCGAGGUGAGCGGGGUGCCACAGGUUAUGACUUCCCGGCGGUGCUGCGCUGGUUCGCGGAGCGUGUGGACCGCAUCAUCCUGCUGUUCGACGCCCACAAACUGGAGAUCUCGGACGAGUUCUCGGAGGCCAUCGGCGCCCUGAAGGGCAACGAGGACAAGCUGCGGGUGGUGCUGAACAAGGCCGACAUGGUGGGCACCCAGCAGCUGAUGCGGGUCUACGGGGCGCUCAUGUGGUCCCUGGGGAAAGUGUUCGGCACCCCGGAGGUCCUGCGCGUCUACAUCGGCUCCUUCUGGUCGGAGCCGCUGCUGGUGCCUGAUAACAGGAAGCUGUUUGAGCUGGAGGAGGAGGAUUUGUUCGCCGACAUCCAAAACCUCCCUCGCAACGCAGCUCUACGCAAACUCAACGACCUGGUGAAGAGGGCGCGUCUGGUCAGGGUUCAUGCUCAUAUCAUCAGCUACCUGAAGCAGGAGAUGCCGUCUGUCUUCAGGAAGGACAACAAGAAGAAGCAUCUCAUCCAUGAGCUGCCAGUGAUCUUCUCUAAGAUCCAGCUGCAGCACAACAUUUCUGCAGGAGACUUCCCCGACUGCGCCAAGAUGCAGGAACAACUGAUGGCUCACGAUUUCACCAAGUUCAAAAGCUUGAAGCCGAACCUGAUGGCGGCGCUGGACGAGCUGCUGUCCUCCGACAUCGCCAAGCUGAUGCCGCUGCUGCGCCAGGAGGAGCUGGAAGCCGGAGACCAGCCCGGCGUCCAGGGCGGCGCCUUCCUGGGGGGCCGGGCCGGGCCCUUCACAGAGGGCGACCCGUUCGCCGAGGAGAACGGCGAGGAACGCGAGGAAGACGAGGACUGGGUGGUGACCAAAGACAAGCCCAAGUACGACGAAAUCUUCUACAACUUGGCGCCCAACGAGGGCAAACUGAGCGGCACCAAGGCCAAGGACUGGAUGGUGAGCACGCGCCUGCCCAACUCGGUGCUGGGCCGCAUCUGGAAGCUGUCGGACGUGGACCGCGACGGCAUGCUGGAUGACGAGGAGUUCGCCCUGGCCAGCCAUCUGAUCGAGGUGAAGCUGGAGGGCCACGGUCUUCCUCCAGAGCUGCCCAGCCGCCUCAUCCCGCCGUCCAAACGCAGGCAGAAGGGAUCGGAUGCUUAGAAACGCAGCAGCAGCCCGACGGAUCCCGCAGCUGUUUGUUAGAGUCAGGGCCUCACUAGGAAAAUAAGACAAUAUUAUCACGGGAAUGAAGUUAUAAAAUAUUAUGAUUUUUUCCCCCUCUGGUUGUUUUAUGACUUUAUUCCCGUAAUUUUGUUUUUGAUUUUUCCUUAGUAUGGCCUUCAUUCUCCAUUGUACUUAUCUCCUCCACCCCAUGAAAAUGUUUUAUCUACAUUGCUGUGCAAAAGAUGUGCCUUCUAAAGAGUCCAUUUUAUAAUUAAAAUUAAGGUUUAUCAACCCAACAGUGGUGACCCAAAGGGGGGGUCACGAGGUGCCAUGGCCCCUAUUCAAAAAUGUUGGCCACGUCCCUGUCCCCAGCCAGAGAAUCGUGUUCAGACGUCAUCUUCUUCAAUCCAAACAUGUAUUUAAAACUCAAACAAAUGUAUAAAAUUGAGAAAAUAUAUAUAUUUUUAAUUUUAAUAUAAACAAAUACACAUAUAUUUUUUCUUUUGUUCUUUUUAACUAUGCCACCCUGAGGUUUUCUUGAGGUCCCAUAGCAUUUACACUUUAAAACAGUUGCAAUAAGGGUUUGUUGUGUCAUUUGUGAAAGAGAAAUACAAAAAAUAGAAAUAUAGCUGAAAAAAUUAAUUUAAUCUUAAAUUACAUAAAUUCUUUAGUGACUUAAGAUGUUAUUGCAACGUGUGAUAACUUAGCUCCGCCCCUGGACAAAUUAGAAAAGAUUCCACUGAAGUGGGCGGGGCCAAUAUACAGAGGGGUGGAGCUAAUAUAUAGGGGCGGGGCUCAGAUACUGGGGGCGUGGCUAAGAGUGAGGAUGAGCAGACUGGGCUGGAAGUAUCAGUUUCUUUUCUUUUUUAGACCCCUGAAGUGACUUUUUUUUUUUCCAAAUAAGUGACAAAUAUAGACUUUUUUUCUGUUGUAGAUUUUUAUGGCGACAUCGCUCUGUAUCUGAAAAAAACAACAACAAAAAAUAGACUAAAAAAGCCUUUAAAGUCUGGCUGCUUUGAGGCAAAACAUAAAUUAACUUUUGCACAGUGUUGUAUAAUUUCCUUGAGACUGUACUCUGACGCAGCUGAACGUAUUUUAUUUAAGCGUAACUUUCUGUAAGUUACCCAGUUUGGCUGCUUCCUCUCUUUCUGCUCUUAAAAACAAGCUUUUGAAAAUGUUUCCACUCGUGUUUGCAGAAGGUGAACACUUUGAGAGCUCUUUCUAGAAAAAUAUAGUCUUUAAAUGUAACAAUUAGAUUCUCAGUGGUAAUUUCAUCAUGAAGUUAUUCUGCUUGGCACUUUUAUGUCCCUUCCACAUUUGCAGGACCAGCUUAGCUCACAUGAUGCGUUUCUAGCAUUUUCUAUAAAAAGAAAGCAGCUCAAAUCUAAUGUAUUUCACUUUGAUGCGUCACAUGGUUUUGUGCAAACCCUAUAUGGUAUUAUUUUCUUCUUUUUUUUGUAUUUUAACUGUUGCUUUUAAUGUGCAGGAGCAAGUUGCGUAAAAGAACAUUACAAGAAGACUGAAUGACUGAUAAGUUACUGACUACUGUACUCUGCUCCACCAAUUGUUUGUAUGUUUACUAUUAUUGCAAACAAAUAAAAUUCCUUGACUGUGA